GUGUGGCGGGUGUAGAAGCUUUAAUGCCUUACCGUCAUGGUUGCUGUCUUGCCUCUUUCCCUAGCUGAUGCCAUAUGGUUGCCAGCAUCCCAGAAAGUGUGUGAGUGCCUAGAUAUGCCAUGAUCCGCGAGACUCCUCUCUGUUACCAUUAUUGCAUCCCUCAGACAGAGCUACGGGAAUGGCCCGCGCCACAGUGGUAAAGGAACAAAGUACCUCCUCAUCCACUUCGCAGGGCCAGGGUGAGCCCAAGGGAAACAAACGGAGGUGUGUACAAUCUGCCUGUGUUCCAUGCAGAAAACGGAAGUCUAAGUGCGAUGGAGGCACCCCAGUUUGUGCAACGUGCACUGCUGUGUACCAGACAGACUGCUUCUACGACCUUGAGACCGAAAGCCGUCGCACCAAGGCCACAGCGCAGAAGCGCGACAGCCUCACUGUGACCGCUACCACCAGCGACAGUGCCGACUUCAUCAUUAAUUUGAUACGCACGCUCCCCGAGCGGGAAGUCUAUGAGCUUAUACGGCAUAUCAAGAAGGAUCCAUUUGACCUUGCAUCGCUCGCCGAAUCGUGGAAGAAGACGACGGUGACACUGCCACACACAACCACGUCGGCCAAGCAUUCCCUCGAGGGAGAUCUCUCCCUCCUACUUGGGAAGCCUGCCACUACCCGAACAGGCGAGUCGAGGCACUUUGGACACACUUCUAGUCUAGGGUUGGUUCCCGAAGAUGAAAACUACACGUGCUCACGUGUCCCCACGGUCUUUCCCGAAAGGCACCGAAACGGCACAUGGACCACCGUGACCGACGACAUCCAUUUUGUCAAUCGAUUGCUAGAGCUGUACUUUAUGUGGUCACAUCCCUUCUAUAUCAUCUUCUCACGGGAGUGCUUCUACAAAGACUUCCGCAGUGGGCGCCAGAAAUACUGCAGCCCUCUGCUGGUCAAUGCCCUCCUAGCAUAUGCCUGCCAUUUCUCCGACGAACCACGCGCGCGCCUGGACCCCGGAAACCCGCGUACAGCCGGCGAUCACUUCUUCGCAGAGGCCAGGAGGCUGCUCUUUGAGGAUGAGAGCCCUUCUAUUACCACUACACAGGCACUCUGCGUCAUGGCGAUGCGCGAGCCCUCUGCUGGGCGUGAUAGCUCAGGAUUUAUGUACAUCGGACGGUGUAUACGAAUGGUUGUUGAGCUCGGCCUGCAUCUACAGACUUCAGCCUGCCCCCCUUUCCAACUGACCUCCUCAGAAAUUGAAGUCCGCAAAGUCACUUUCUGGGGGUGCUUUGUGGUGGAUACGGCCUGGUCGGUAUGUAUCGGGAGGAUAACUCAACUUCCAAGAGCAGCCAUCAACUUAGACAAACCAAUACUCGACGAACCAAUCACGACAGGUAAUUAUGGCACUUGCCACCAUAAUUCUCAUCACAUUGAGUUUGUGACGGUCACGAGUCGCAUGUUCCUUCAAGCCUUUAGCGCCUUGUCCGAGCUUGUGAAUGACAACAACUACAUGUUCUUUGCCCCGAAAGAUCGAUUCACAGACCGACGCCUUAUUGAGACCUAUAAGAGGUACCAGACUUGGUACAAUAAUCUGCCACCACCUCUUCGUGUUCCAGAUAAUCCCAACAUUGAACCUCAGCCACAUAUCGUAGUCCUUCACAUGUACUAUUAUACUAUCAUCUUGCACCUAUUUAGACCGUUGCUUAAGUAUGACCUCAUUCAUUCCGAUAUUCGACCAAGAGAGAUGUGCAUCGGGUCGGCGAACAAAAUAUCCGAGUUCCUUCGCCUUUAUCGGCAGCAUUACAAACUGCGGUGCGGCCAUCUCAUCUUAACACAUAUAUUAUUAUCCGUUUGCAUCGUACACCUUCUCUAUUCCAAGGAUUACGAGACCAGCGCAGCCGGUUUGCUUGAGGGCCUACAAGCACUCGAAGAGCUCUCUACCUGUCACUAUUUUGGUGCACGUUCAUUCAAGAUCGUUCAUGCGUUGGCCAAAACUUGGAACCUCCCCUUCCCCGAUGCUCUUAAGAACAGCAAACUCAUCCCUAGAGAGGACACGAUAGGCAUUUCUCCACUUACGGGUAGUCUCGUCACAGCUUCUAUGAAACGGUUAACUAGGGAUAUAUCCACAAAUGGGUGCGAAGGGGUGGAACCACCAGGUUCAUCUGUUCGGUGGGAAUCCUUGCCCAUGUUCGCGCUGCUUCAGCAUAAGCAACAUGGUCAUCCCACUCAGGUCCCCGCGGCCCAAGCUUCGAUGAUCAGACAGCAUAAUACUAGCACCUCGUUACAGUACGCAUCGAGCACAUCUUCUCCCAUGACAACCACAACCACGGCUGAACAGCUGUUCUGGACACCCAUCAAAGGGGUAGGCGUUCCUUUACUCCCGAGGACUUAUCACCUGAGCCCAAUGGACUUGAACAAUAUGCUCGGCAGCGAAGACGAAUGGGGCAGAUUCGGAAGAGAUGGUUUUAAAAUGAGUGAUAGGUGGGUGCAGGAGCCGAUAGGUUUCAAUGGAGGCGCGCACAGAGCGUCCUCGGGAAUGGAUGGUGCGCCUGGUAUAUCUGGAUCUGAACCUCGCGACAAUUUGUGGGAGAGUGAUAGACUGGGUCCAAGGGUAGGAUGAUGCUCUAACAUCUUUAAUUCGACACCCUAAGCCCGAUCAAUAUUCCUUGCUGCCAUUUCUUGGAUACUUUGUCUAAUUUUUCCACCUCGUCCUUGGAAGAUUUAUGUCAAUUGU